CGGCCGUUGAUGUCGCUGCUUCUGAAUUUUUCCUUGGAUGGGUGUUCUGAUUGCAUUGCCUUUUGUUUUUGCGGUUCAUGGAACUCGGAUUGAUUUCAGUCUCGCUUUCAUACUUGCAGGAAGUACCUAAAGUUUGGCGUUCGAUUACUGAUUCCCCGCAGGACAAAUCUCCGUUCCCCUGGCAUGGGAGAACGCUCACCCUCGCCCCCACUCCGUCCAGGUGACCCCCCUUCUGCACCGCCGCCCCAGACUCCACCUGCACCUCCGGGUGUUUCUCGGGUGCCCUUUGCCUCCGGUAACUACACAUCUCAGCCCCCACAUCUCUGCACCGCUGCCCCAGUCUCCACCUCCACCUCCUCCAUUGCCCUUUAGCUCGGUGCACUACGCUGAAGGUUCUUCCCCGAACACCGUUCAGAUCGAUUACCACGAAUUGGAACGGCUGAAAGGAAUAGAGCGCAUACAUCAUAAAUUGCAAAUCACCUCACUGCGUCGCUUCGUGGACGAAAAUAGACACCAUCUGCAGAACAUGGUUCCGUUAAAAGCAGGCCAAGCCAUGGGAGAUGUUCCAAUUGGCCACUUCAUCACACCCUGCUGCUGGGAUAUGGAUACCGUUCUUGUUUCUUAGGAAAAUGCUUCUUAGAAGAUUCACCAAUGGAAGAUGGUACUCGCAUUGAAUAUGCAUCGAGGGAUCUGCGUGCUCUUUGCCAUGUUUUGAUGGAGAUAUUUAGCAUUAUUGGUUACAGAUAUCCGCCUUUUUUCUCACACCUUAUGGACCUACUAAUUACUCCACCAGGCGAUUAUGAUACAGAUCCUCAAGUGAGGUGCCGCUUCCUGCUGGCAGUCAGAAACAAUGUUGCUUUUGCCUCGCCGGCUAGGCUGUUUGCGCUUUUGGUCAACUUUGCGCAGCUUUGCUGCUGCAUUCCGCCAGAUGCCAAAACAAAGCUUGAAGAAGUCGCCGAUACAAUGCCUAGGUUCUUUGAUCCACUGAACAAAGAGUUCAGAAGAUUCACUCUUCAUUACGAUUGGACACAAGUAGGGAUGGAAAGUAACUUGCUACAGACACUGACGGAGUUAAAAAAACUUAAGGAAAAGAAGGGGGAGAGCAAAAAUCCCCAAGUGCCAAAAGAAGGAUGGAGCUCACCAUAUCUAUUCCCUAGCCUGGUUUAUCAGAUGAGGAUCUUCUUCAUUCACGGGCCAGAAGUUAUGAUGGAUGAUAAUGGAAAUAUGGUAUUGGAUGACUUCAUGGAGCUCAUUUAUAUCAUCGAUUAUCUCCUGGAAGAUGCCCUGCCGAAUGUUGUUGAAUACAUUCUUCAUUCACUUCAUGUUCAUGCUCUUGUAAGGAGUUGUGGAAUGUUUACGACCGUCGCUGAUCAGGUACUGUCACGAGAACAUAUUACAUGGAAGAAAGUGCACUCUGCAAUAGCUCUAGAUAAUUUUAUUGAAAAAAUGCCUUAAUACUACAGCACUGUACUUGACAUGUUUUGGGCAAGGGGCAGCAAUGUGGAAGGGGGACUACUGGUACCAACAUUCUUCAGUUUCUGAUGGCUUCCACUGCUGCCCUGCAUCUGCAACAGGUGCUGUCCUAGCCGCAAUGAGCAUAGACAGGCCAACAAGACACUUGACUUGUGGAGGUUGCCCGAGAUAUUGGUUGUCCACUUCAUAAAUGUUUUGAUUGUUUUCAUUCAGCCGUCAUCCAUCAUCUUGAUAUGAGCAAGUAUGCGAGGCACAAAUCUGGAGGCAACGCCGAUCCAUGAACUUUAUGCAGUGAUAAAUCAUUAUGGUGGUUUGGGAGUGGUCAUUAUUCUGCCUAUGCAAAGUUAGUAGAAGAAUCAUUUUGAUGAUAGUCACGUCUCCUCUGUCAGUAAAGAGCAUCCAAAGCACGCUACUGCUGCGACGCUGGAAACCGCCUCUUUGGCUGGAGCCGAGCCAGACAUUUAAGGGUCUGGUGGUGGAAGGUCUUCCUCCAUCAGCCGAUAUAAAAGCGCCCUGGUACGGCUUCGUUGACCCAAACGGCGGAGGUCACCCUGCUCAAGCACACCACCUUUUCGAUUGGACUGGACUCAGCGCCAUCCCUACCCCUUCCUCUUGUCUACACCAAUGUGAUCAGAACCGGGGAUUCUAGCUCCGCGCUGUUCGAUUUGCUUGUAAGAUCAACCGGAUACCAGUUUCGAUGGGAUGACGAUCUCCAGGUGAAGGUCAACAAACUGUCAUCUAUAAAAACACAACUUCCAUAUGACUACUAUUUCCUGGACUACUGCAAACCUGAGGCGAUUAAGAACAGUGCUGAGAACUUAGGGGAAGUCCUUCGUGGAGACCGCAUUGAAAGUUCCGUCUAUAAUUUCAAGAUGAGGAGGGAUGAGAGUUGCAAAGUUGUUUGUCGAACAAAGCUUUCUCCAGAAGCUGCAAAGAAUUUCAAAGAGAAGAUUGAUGAUGAAUAUCGAGUGAACAUGAUUUUGGAUAAUCUCCCAGUUGUGGUCCCUAGGCAGACACAGGAAGGAAGCCAAACACCAAGCUUUGAGCAUGGGUACCGAGUUGGCUACAAGCUCAAGGAUGACAAGUACAAUAUCAACAAUCACUUGAGUUUUAAAGUCUUGUACCAUGAAGACCUAAACGCCGCAGAAGCUCGUAUUGUUGGCUUCCAUGUGAUUCCUAGCAGCAUUAAGCAUGAAUAUGGUGCCUGGGAUGACAAGAAUCCUACAGUGCAAACUUGCAAUGCUAACACUAAGAUAACUCCUGGUAGUCAUACACCUCAAGAGGUGGCCCCUGAGGCAUAUGUUGUAUUCUCUUACGACGUUAUCUUUGAGGCUAGUGAGAUCAUAUGGGCAUCUCGCUGGGACGUGUACCUUCUUUCCAGCGACAGUCAAAUCCAUUGGUUCUCAAUCAUUAACUCAUUGAUGAUUGUCCUUUUCCUGUCUGGCAUGAUAGCCAUGAUUAUGAUGAGAACCCUGUACAAGGACAUAGCAAAUUAUAAUCAGCUAGACAAUCAGGAGGAGGCCCAAGAAGAAACUGGAUGGAAGUUAGUGCAUGGUGAUGCCUUCAGGCCUCCUGUUCAUUCAGGCCUUCUUUGUGUUUAUGUUGGAACUGGUGUGCAGUUCUUUGGUAUGACAGUGGUAACCAUGAUGUUUGCACUACUUGGAUUCUUAUCACCUGCAAACCGUGGAGGGCUCAUGACUGCUAUGGUCCUUUCGUGGGUUUUCAUGGGUGUAUUGGCCGGCUACACAUAAUCUCGCCUCUACAAGAUGUUCAAGGGCACUGAAUGGAAGAAGAUCACCCUCAAAACUGCCUUCAUGUUUCCUGGUAUAAUCUUUGGGGUCUUUUUUGUCCUGAAUGCCCUUAUCUGGGGUGAGAAAUCAUCUGGUGCAGUUCCUUUUGGGACAAUGUUUGCUCUGUUUCUCCUUUGGUUUGGCAUCUCUGUGCCGCUGGUCUUUGUUGGAAGUUUCUUGGGAUUCAAGCAGCCAGCAAUUGAGGACCCAGUCAAGACAAACAAGAUUCCCAGGCAAAUUCCUGAGCAAGCAUGGUACCUGCAGCCAGCUUUCUCGAUACUUGCUGGUGGCAUAUUGCCAUUUGGUGCUGUAUUUAUAGAGCUCUUCUUCAUCCUCACAUCUAUCUGGCUGAACCAGUUCUACUACAUCUUUGGCUUCCUCUUCAUAGUCUUUGUCAUUCUCCUGGUAACGUGUGCUGAGAUCACAAUUGUGCUCUGCUACUUCCAGCUAUGUAGCGAGGACUGUCAUUGGUGGUGGAGGGCAUACCUGACAGCAGGCUCUUCAGCUCUAUAUCUAUUUGCUUAUGCUAUCUUCUACUUCUUCAAUAAGCUGGAGAUCACAAAGCUUGUUUCAGGCAUUCUAUAUUUUGGUUACAUGCUGAUCAUUUCUUAUGCCUUCUUUGUGUUGACUGGUACUAUUGGCUUCUAUGCUUGCUUCUGGUUCGUGAGGAAGAUCUAUGCUUCUGUGAAGAUUGACUGACGAAUCAACCGCCGAGAGAAACUUGUCUGCCAGUAGAGCAUCAACCUGGCUAAGGAUGUGUUACAAUGUGAUACUUGGUGAUGUUCGAUGUCAUAUAUGAAGAAAACAGAUCUGAGGUGGAGUUCCAUGGUUUUGGUAGAACAUGUAGCCUGGUAGGAAGAAUCACCGAAUGUUCAAGAGAGAUCUUGAUACUCUCUCAGUGUAGCACGGAUUAUGUACUUCUAAGGAUAUUGAAUGCUUGUAAUGUUCCAUAUGUUGUUUUACCAUGCAUGUUCCAUUUAUUUCA